AUGACCACUAUGCAAUCGCAAGCCUGCGAAAGAUGUUGGAAGAGAAAACAGAAGUGCUCCCGCGAAACACCAACAUGCCAACAAUGUCUCAAAGCCUCUUCACAAUGUGUGCAGCGACGCUUGGGUUCGACCAUCGAUGCUUCUGAUCCAUCUUCUAUCUCAUACAUCGAGUCUUUGAAGUUGAGAAUCCGUGAUUUAGAAGGUAGAUGCAAGCGGCAAUCUGAUGUACGGCACGACGACCUCAACAGCAACGAUUCCACAACUCAGAGUUGGAGUAGCGAUUCGACGAGAGCUGACACUCCUCGUGCGCCGAGCAAUGGCGGGACUGGAACAUCGGUUGUUUACAAUAGACCAGGAGACGACUUGCGAAACGCUAUGCAUGAAGCCAACUACUUGAGCUUGAGUGCAAUGGCGGAGCCUACCGAUAGGCAGUCGUUCUCGAACCAGGAACUUUCAUUCUCAACAUUAUUUGUCGCUGCCGCAAGCGUAGGAGGUGCCAAUCCCAGUAUACCUUCCGGAACCAAUCAGUCAGUUUCCGGCUCCAUAGCAGACUUCCGGGGUCAGAUUUUCCCUUAUGGUAGUAGGUUCGACGCUAAUCAAGCUAUCGAGGCAUUCCAAACCUUUCUCGGAACAGCCCCAGCAACCUUCCCCAGCAUAACACGCGGCGAUCUCGAAGAACUUUACAACACUGUUUCCACGGCAGAGCGAGAUGGAGUUCUCGAGAUCAUAAGUAGCGAGUCUCCAGAUAAGGUUUUACUUGUAAGAACAGGCAUUGCGCUUGGCAUGCUGCUAUCUCCAACCUACAGCUUCACGGAAGUGCUAGCAUCAGAGCUAGCAUCCAAAGCCGUACAGCUUAUGCCACGCAUCCUCGAUCAGUCCGAGGAUCUAGCGGUUGUACAAUGUCUUACGGCUCUCACUGUUUAUUCACUGUACACAACGUAUGGCGGAUCCUCAUGGCAUCUGCUUGGACUGGCAAUGACACGUUGCAUUUCUUCGGGUAUGCAUACAUCGCGAAUCUCCGACAUGACUUCAGAGAGCGAGAUCAAGAGGCAGAAUGGUAGAGCUUUCUGGACGUUGUACGUCUUGGACACGCACCUCAGUACAGCCAUGGAUCGGCCAUUUUGUCUCAACGACAGCGAUAUCAUGAUGUCGCCACCUUCGUCCCCACGAACUGCACCGAUGGAUACGGGCUUCACGGCUUUGCAACAUCUGAUCCAACACGCACAAAUUCUGCGUUCUAUCCGGAACCGCAGUGAGGACGAUCUACUUUGUCAUUUCGUCAAUCUAAGUCAUUGGAAAGAAACAAUACCUGCCGCAUUGUCAGCAGCGGGUUCAACGAAGAACCAACUCCAUGUCAGAGGCCUCGUGGAACUACUUAAAUGCCCUUUGAUGGCCCAAGACGUGCAUCGAGAUAUGAUGCUGAGACACAUUGAAGGAGAAUUGGCUGACUACGCGGCUGCGACUGAGCAUCAGCUUACCAGCCAUCAACGUGCGCCUGGAGCCCUGGAGGGAUAUUUAAUCUUUUCCAUCGGUGCAUUCAGCGCAUCGCAGCCGCCUGAUGAGGGACGGCAGAGGUGUGUGCUUCAAUGCCUGAGCAGCCUCACUAUGAUAUCGAUGCGCUACACUGCUUUCCAGGGAUUUCGCAGCAUACUUGUUGCAUUCCAGUCUAGAUCAGCUUCUAGAGAGCAACUUCAGGCCCUGAUGAGCGCAUCUGAGAUCGCUGUGUCACCUCAAUUACAACAGCUCAUUCUGGGCAAUUUGUGA